AUGCUGGAGGGAUGCAGGUCCAUCGCGUUGAUGUUGCGGCUGUGCGCUGCGAUCUCGAUCGCAAGUGUUCUGGCAGCCCCGCCCCCCCGCGCCCGCCCGCACGAACAGCAAAACGUCAAGGCCGUCAAGAUGUGGCGAGGAAGAGUAGUAAAUGGUAACGUUCUCGAGAGCGACGGGUGCUGGUUAACGCUCGUAUCACGAUCGACAAGCGACAAAAGAAUUCGCCCCCAGCGCCCGCCAAGGCACCACCGCUCCGUUGCGGUGUAAACGACGCCACCGACGAAAUAACGGCUAGAUGUGGUGUGUUUCUGGUGCCGCGGAGCAGGUAUGUCCAGAAAUGGAGGGCCAUCGUCGUUUUGUCAUCGAAAAUUGGGCACUGCUUGUAGGUCUUUUGACCGCACCGUUUCUCGUGUGUUGUCAUUGAUGCCCACGUAACUCGGCUGGGUCGCGAAAUCUCCCUCCCUCCCUAGCAGGUGUCCGGUGGAGUACGAGGCCACCACUGAGCCGUCUCGUGCACACAGGGCGGUAGCGGGGGUGCUGGGCGGCAAGAGGGUGCGAUUUCGGGGGUAUGCAUGGUGGCGAACUAUGAGAACAACCUCCGGGCAUUGACAAUCCGUCGGGAAUUCGGUUCUGUUGAUUGAAAAACACGGAAGAGGGGAUGGUCUACUGGACAACGUCCAGAAAUAUUUGCUGAGUGUGAGGAGGCAUCAGCAUCGAUCCCCCCAGGUUGUGGUCGUGUCAGUGCCCAUAUGCCGUGUCGCACUAGCGUGUCAAGCGUCUGUGUGGAAUUCCCUACACGGUAUACC